CUAUACACUGGCUCAGCCACCACUACCGAUUACAAUCUCUAAAUUCUUCUGCAGUUUGUCAUAAUCAGCUUUCUUCCCGUUGAUGGGAUCCAUGCUCGGCGACUUGCCGUCUUAUGACCCUCACAAUUUCAGCCUGCUUCGCCCGUCCGAUCCUUCAAAUCCUUCUAAAAUGACACCCAUCACCUAUCAUCCUACUCAUGAUCGAACCAUUCCACCUCCUAAUCAAGUCAUAACUUCGGAAGCGAGGAACAUACUGUUGAGGCACUUUUAUCCACGUGCUGAAGAUAAGUUGAGGCCGAAGAGAGCUGCAUCGCAGAAUUUGAUACCAGAGCAUGGAUCCAAGCAUCCAAAAGCUAUGGGUAAUUCAGAUGUCCCGCAAUUCUGAUUUCUGAGCAUCUAUCUUAUAGGAUUUUCGUGUAAAUAGUGAAUAUAUGUGCAUUGUAUUUGGUUUACCAUUUGUUUGUGUCAAUUUGCAGUUGUUGUUAUGUGUACUUUACACUCAAAUGUAAUGCUUCUCAUAAAUUUCAAGACUUUGAUUUAAG